UUUUCCAGGGCAGCUGGGUGUUCUGUGAUGACUACCUUUAAGAUGGUGCCUGUUGUACUAUAGGCUUGGCUGUUGUUGUGACAAGUAAAAGCCUGCGGGCGAUUUCAGUUUAUAUGACGAUAAGUUUUUUUCCUCUCUUUGUACAUAAACAGAUUAAUUUACAGGUCAUCUAUUGAUAAAUAGUUCUCAGGACACUGACAACUAUGAUGGCUGAAGCAAUGAAAAACAAUUUCAGGCUUGUGCCAGCAUUGAAAACAUGUGUUAAUUCUUCUUCGUCGUCUUCUUGAUAGUAUAAUUCUUUGUGACGAUGUGGUGAUGGGACAGCUUACAUGUAAGCUCUGUCCAUACAAGUGCCAAUUUUCCGUCUACGUUUGUAUCAGUUCGGUUCCCGGGAGUGGAUGGGAUGUAUGGUUAACGUGUGUAUGUUAUGAACGUAUUAUUUAAUUUAAUAAUUAUAUUAAAGCAAGCGCAAAGGUGGUCACUUGGGGAACUAGUACAAUGGUGAUUUGCAAAUUCGCGUUGUUUUUGCAGGAUGACUGUACAGUUGGUAGCAGAAUUCUACGUUGCUAAAUACGGAUAUUUUCCUGACAAUAGUAAAAUCUCAGAACUGGCACGUACGUACAGUAGGCUACUUGCAAAUCGGACUCUGGAAAGCUUUAACAUCCGAAACCAAAUUUACGUUUUUCCUUUAGAAAGAACACAUAUGGUGUUUAUAGUAUUACUCAAAUAAGAAACAUUGAUUUUUGCAUUAAUAUACACCAAAAUGAUUGUGAUUUUUACAUAAGUAUCAUGUAUACCAUGUAUUUAUGAUUACACACACAUAAACACAAAUACUGUGCAUUUAGAAGAGUAGGGGUUGCUAGUUUCAAAAAGCAGAAUUAAACAUCAAAUUACUAAUAAGGAGUUCAUUCAUCCUGUUCUACAUUAUAACUUGCAAUUGAACUAGGCAAAAGAUCUAAAUAACAUCUUUGUGAAGACAAAUUUCAUCGCUGUUUCCUCAUCAAUAACUCCUUGGCAGUGAACUAUUGGAAUGAGUCAAACACGAGGGGUGAGAUGCGGGUCAGGCUGUCUAACUAAUAUUGAAAUGCUGCUACAGAAAGACCGAGAGAAUUUGAUCGUGUGUGUGUCUGUGCGUGUGUUUUGCGUCACAUUUGCAUGUAUUUCCCACAAAGAAAGAAAAGCUUCUGCAUUUAGGUCAAGAGCUGGCCAGCGUUGAUUCUCAGUGCACAAUGAUCAGAAUUUACUUGGACGAGCCAUUAACUCUAUGGGGGUGGCUCCUUUAAUGUUACAUCCAUCUUUCUUUCUCUCUCUGUCUCUUUUCCUUUGUAUCUAUCACUGUAUGUGUGGGUCUUGUGUGCGUGUUGUGUGCGCGCCCGCGCGCCCGCGCGCGUGUGUGUGUGUGCGUCCCUGUGUGUAUGUAUAUAUGUACCCCUACAAAAGGUUACCGAACGGUCAAUAUGGUAAUGAAGAGAACAAUGAACCUACGAGAAUAAUGGAAAGUUAUUUUUCAUUGCCACUGUCAUACGGCUUUUUGUUUUUUCAUUGUCUUUUACUUGUAUAUUUAUAUGCGAGAAGCCAUCUCAGAUUUUGGGAUGGGAACGACGUUGAAAGCGAACAUGUUGUGCGGGGACCGACGUAGCAACUACCCGCAAACUUGUGUGUUUGUUAACAUUCUCCACAUUUAAUUAAGAGGGACCUUACAUCAAAGUAGAUGCGAGUUAAGGCAGAAAAGUCCCUUUCCUUAGUUACCUUGUGUUUAGUUAGACCCGUACAUCGCCUAUCAUUGUUAGUCUUCUUAAAAAAAUAUAUAUAUAGGAAGAAAAACGCACACAAAGUCACACAAAGUGAAUAAUGCAAUAGCAUAGCUACUCUCAAAACGUGUUUAUUUCUGCCGGUGCAUCGUCACGACAAUAUAAGGGGAAAUAACUGAGAAAACGUGAUUUUGUAAUAUCUAAUACUGAACACAGCUGAGUUUUACUGAAUAGUGAACGGUAUCGGUUUUGUAUGGUUAAAAGAUAUCUAAUUUAUUAAUAAGUUAAACACGGUUAUUUUAUUUUUUUGUAUUAUUAUGGACAUUUUAUUGUAGUCAGAACUGUGGAUGUAUUCUGGUCAAUCCUACGAAUGAUAAACGAAAUUCGUUAUUAAUUAACGUAUACUGAGAUGUCAUUAGCUGAAGCUGAAUUAAAUUUUCUAGUAUCUGCUGUGGUGCAAUAUCUAUAGUGUAGCAUAGCCAAUUAGGCGUGGAGAUUAGCAGCUGAGCUGCGGCCCACAGAGGUAAAGGGAGUCUCCAUUGCAGACGUUGUUUACUGUGUGACAUUCUGAGGAUUUUCCUGCGGAUGAAAAGGUCUCAAAAAUCCUAACAAAACAUCAAUAUUUAUAAUGAUCCCGCCCAAGCGGUUUUUGCCUGUAAUGAUUUUACUGUGAUUUCUGUGAUUUGAUUAUCUUACAAAUUUUCUGUAUAACCGAAUUUGUGUUAAUAAAAAGCAAUCACAAAUUUGCAAACAAGGAAACGGAUUGUUUCAAUGGCAUUUCGGGGAUAAGUCAUUCAAGUAAUUUUAUUACGUGUAUAUAGGCACUAUUUACUAAUAUGUUCCAAUGUAAUGUUCAUAGUGACACUUUAAAGCAAUACGAUACAGAGAACUGCAUGAAUACACAAACUGAAGCUGUCGGUGAGAAAGAAAAAUGGGGAAGACUAGAAAACCCGUAAAAAAUCUAAGAAAUCACGGGUCAUUUCGAGCGACGGAUUUACAGCUUUUACAGCCUAAUAAAACUCGGAAAACGUGCAGCCAAGAGCUCUAGAUGUCAACACACGCGGAUUUACUAAAUAAACUAAACUUUAAGUGCCGUUUGUAUUAUAAUUCAAUAAAAUAUGAGCAAGCAAUUGUUGUUUAUGAAGUGAAGACGUUCCCCAGGAAGGUUUCGUGCCUGCGCUUUCCUUGUGAGUUUGCCUUGGACCUAACUUUUUAAACUGACAUUUCACGCAUUAUUCGUUUUAAAACCAAUAUUUUUUUUAUAUUGUUAUAUUAAUUGUGAAUCAUAAUUCAAACGCAAAGUGAUGUGACGUUGUGAUAUAUUCUUCGCUAUCUAAUAAAUUAUAUUGGGCUGAGCUACGAGGUGCUUCUUUUGAUCUUAUGUAAGUUCGCUCUACAAAUGCGCCUGUCUCAUUACCUCAUCCUCAGAGGCUCAGCCUUGUCUAGGCUUGGGAAAUCGCCUGCUCGUGCCCAUACACACGAUUCAGUCCUACCGAACGCAGACUUUGGAGACUCUCUUUAAUAUUUCCUUAUCACCCACUGUAUUUUGCAACGUAUUGGACAUAAUCUGCCAUAUUACCCUAAUGGAAACUGCUACGUAUGUAUCUAUAAAAUGUUUGAAAUUGCAAUGCAUUGUUAAAUGGCAGGCACGAAAAGCACGUAUAGAAUACAAAAAGUGGGUACGUUUCGAAUAAGCAUUUGGUUCCUUAUCCGGGGACCACAUUACGCGCUUCUAUUGGACAAUUAGGUCACGUGGUAAAAGUAACUUUACAGGGCCGUUCGCGAGUAGGAGGGCUUUAUGGAGCAGAAAAACGACAAAGGUAGAAAAAUUAUUUUUCACUCCAGAAAUUAAUGAUCAUGAGCUCGUAUUUGAUGGACUCUAACUACAUUGAUCCGAAAUUUCCUCCAUGCGAGGAAUAUUCGCAAAAUAGCUACAUCCCAGACCACAGCUCUGAAUAUUACAGCCGCACGAGGGACACUGGCUUCCAGCAUCACCACCAGGAGUUGUAUCCUCCGCAAGCGACGUACCAGGAGCGCCAGUAUAACUGUGCAAGCAUCCCCGAGCCCGAAGCCCAAAGGGGGCAUGAGAUACCACAUUCAGGGCACCUGCUUGUUGGGAAAACGCAACCAUCUCAGCGUGAGCCCCCAAAUUUACCCACGUCACCUUCUACCACACCGUCUGUGCCCUCCACCUGCAACCAAGCCGAAUCGGAGCAUCCUAACAUCACAGUGUCUUCCAAACAACCCAUAGUAUACCCAUGGAUGAAGAAAAUUCACAUCAGUACCGUGAACGCCAGUUACAACGGAGCAGAGCCCAAACGGUCGAGGACUGCUUACACUCGUCAGCAGGUCUUAGAAUUGGAGAAGGAAUUCCACUAUAACCGCUACCUAACUCGGCGAAGACGCAUCGAGAUUGCUCACUCCUUGGUUCUCUCUGAGCGGCAGAUCAAAAUUUGGUUUCAGAAUCGCAGGAUGAAGUGGAAAAAAGAUCAUAGGCUGCCCAACACUAAAGUCAGAUCCUCAGCUUCUACAAGCACAUCCUCCGGGUCCAAAACGAGCUCAUCAGCCAGCACAGUGGCGGCCGCUGUGGCGUCUAACAUGGUGGUAGGCUCCGAGGAACUCUCCAGGGUGGCCGGAGUCGAACGAGAAUCGGAGGAUAUAACAAGGUUAUAAGACAGAAGUUGACUUGUGCGUAAAAGGGUUUGCUUAUAGUCCACAGUUAUAUAAAAUGCAUGUUAUAUAGCAUGGAUUAACGCGAAUACCAAUAAAUUGUUUACGCUGUACUUCAGGAUUUAUUUAUUUAGAGAAAUAGUAGAAAUAAGCUGUUUUUUUCUUGAUCUGUUUGGAAUCAAAAGGGGAGCAGGACAUUUGAGAGAAAGGCUAUUUUGAGAGGAGUCCGUGAUUGUACUGUAUAUUUUGUCUAGUUCAAAGCGCAUUUUUUUAUUUAUCUAACAGCAAGAUUAGAGAAGUUUCGGCUUUUGAUUUUUAUGUAAGCUUAAUUUAUUUAUUUAGAUGUAAAGGACUGGGAACAGUGGACUGGACAGGGCUUAAUUCCUAAAAUAAACAGGUUUUAAAAUCUAAAAAGUAAGCACUUUUGUGGUAAUAAUGUGUUUUAGAUUAAGUAAACUAUCGUUGUGAUGGUGUAUGUGUGGUAAUAAUAGUGGUCAAUAAAACGGUUUUGUACA